CUUUGACGAUGUCCGCAAGGAUGAUGGCGGCUUUGAUGACAGGAAGUAUGAUGACGAUUAUGAUGACCGCCGCUACAGCGAUUAUCCUGAAGAUGACCGCGAUCGUGACUAUGAUGACAAAGAUCGCGACUACAAUGACAAGGAUCGUGACUAUGACGACAAAGAUCGCGACUACAAUGACGAGGAUCGUGACUAUUACCGCGACGAUGACCGCAGAUACGAUGAUGAUUACGACCGUGAUGAUGGCUAUGAUCGUGAUGGUCGUCGCUAUAGCUACGACCGUGAUGAUGGCUAUGAUCGGGAUGGUAACCGCUACAACUAUGAUGAUCGCCGUGACGACAACCCUGAUGAUAAGUAUCCAAGUGAUAUAGAUGACAAGUACCCGGAGAAUGACGACCAUGCUUAUGAACCCUACCAAAAGUCAGGCUAUGAUAGGAGCGACAGCAAGGACAAGAAACGUAUCAGCGAUAUGGAUGACGAGUACAGACGUGAACCAUCAAAGUUUGACGACGACGGAUACCCAAAGGAGAGUGGUGCGACAGGCUCGUCUUCCACCUGUGUCUGA